UUAAAUACUAAUUAAAUUACCUUAGAUGAAAGAGAAAAAAAAAAUUUACCUUAGAUAACGAUGGUAAAAUGACAUUUUACCCCUUGUUCAAGUUUCGAAAUACAAAAGUAGUACCUUCCCUAUCCCCUGCCUCUCAAUUCAACACAUCGUCGUUCAUUUUCACUUCAACAUGGCGGUCGCACCCUACACCACCGGUUCAACGCUGCGUCUUUCUCAUCCUCCUAGUGUUUCCACUAAAAUCUACUCCGGAUUGAAACUCCAAUCUACACGUCCUUUUGGAACGCCUUCAUGUAACGCAAACGCUGCGUUUUAUGGAAAAGUUAACAAGGCUCUUCAGUUUCGGUAUGCUAACCAGAAAUCAGUUAGGGCACAGAUUCAUAUGAUGCCCAUUGGAACUCCUAGAGUCCCCUAUAAAACACCUGGUGAAGGAACUUGGCAAUGGGUUGAUUUAUGGAAUGCCCUUUAUCGUGAACGUGUUAUCUUCAUCGGACAAGAGAUAGAUGAAGAAUUUAGUAAUCAAAUAUUGGGAACUUUGUUGUAUCUUGACAGUGUAGAUAACUCCAAAAUGCUCUAUUUGUACAUCAAUGGUCCUGGUGGGGAUCUUACGCCAUGCAUGGCUCUCUAUGAUACCAUGCAGAGCUUGCAGACUCCUGUAGCCACCCAUUGCAUUGGUCAGGCUUAUAAUCUUGCAGCAUUUCUUCUUGCAGCUGGAGAAAAGGGCAAUCGUACUGCAAUGCCUCUUGCAAGAAUUGCACUCCAAUCUCCAGCAGGAGCUGCUCGUGGUCGGGCGGAUGACAUUCGAAAUGAAGCAAAUGAACUUCUUAGAAUCAGAGAUUACCUUUUCAAUGAGUUGGCUAGCAAAACAGGUCAACCUGUUGAGAAGAUUACCGAAGACUUGAAAAGGAUUAAACGCUUUGAUGCACAAGAAGCCCUUGAGUAUGGGCUCAUUGACAAAGUUGUCAGACCACGACGCAUAAAAGCCGAUGCACCUCCCAAGGAUGCAGGCACAGGCAUUGGUUAAGACAUCUUGGUUUACAAUCCCUAUUGUGAUAUUACUGAGUAAUAUCUGCAGAACCGAACGAAUUGUUUAAUGUUUUAUUUCCUUAAUCAACUUUUUGAAUAUGUAUAUUUGGGUAGUCGUAUCCUAUUGGUCAUAUCUUGGUGCUCGUUGCUUGAUUUUGAAUUCUUAUUUACAGCACUAACCCAAGUUAGCUGUAUGUUGUUGCAGAACUA